ACAAAAUGGAGGUGAAAUUGGAAGUCAUAGUAUCAUCAAGCAUUAAAAGGAAAAAGCCAUGGUCUCGAUUCAGCUGGCUCGGACAGGCCACAGAAAGUAUAUUCAUGUUGGAUGAUAAGCGCGUUAGUGAAAUCAACUUAGUGACUGGAAGAAAAAAGAAAAAGAACCCAAAAUUCAGUGCUCUCAUGAAGAAUGUCAUAAAUUUGGCAACUUCUACAAAUGGUGCUUGGCUAAUAGGGUUGCUGGCAUCAGGUGAACUCUUUUUGUGGAACAAGGACCACGACUGUUUGAAAAUGACAAGUGCAGCAGAUGGUGUUAGUCAAGUCAUGAAACCUUCGCAUGAGUAUUCAAAGGCACUGGGAUUGUUUGUCUCUGGAGAUGGAAUGAGGGUCCUCUUGGCGAACCCAACAGGACAUGUAUUGCUCUGGGAAAGUCAUGAAAGAAAAGAUCUAACUACAGUAGUAGGCACUUUGGUGACCGGCCAGUGGUCACAGAUCCUUCAUCCCAAAAGUGUGAUUCUGCCAGCCAACACAGACAAGGAGACAUCAGUGCAUGCUGCCUUUACUGCUCAGGAGUGUGUUGGAGACUGCUGUUUCUGUUCCUUUGCGUUUACUGCUGAAGAAAAAUUAGUUGUGACUUUCAUGACAAUACAGUGGUUCGAAAAGGCAGUAUGCUACUCCAGUAAAACGCCUUUUAGAGUGAAGUGGACAACAAAGAAGUACUCUCUUGCCAGACUGAUUCCUGCUUGUGCCAGUGUGAAGUCCCGAGGAGCUCUGCCUACUGCCCUUUCUGGAGACGGACUCAUAUUGUCAAUAGCGGUUAAUCAGAACAAUCCCAAGGCCUCUCAGGUUCUAUUUGUAAGCACAACCAACUUUGUGACAGUGUCUAGCAAUCUGAAAGGCUGUGGCAGCAAAAAUAGUCCCAUUUUUCUCUCUUGGCUGGUCCACAGGUCCUACUGGGUGAGUGACAUGGCCUGGACCUGCAAUGACCUCUACCUGGCCUGUCUGCUCAAGCGAGGAGCUCUUCUGUUUUUAUCCCGACUGGGGGACCUCCUUACACUCACAACUUACGGUUGCUCUGUUGAGUUUGGCCCAGCACAGUAUAUUCCUCUUCAUCCAUUAAUUAACUUCAGGCCUCCGCAAUCAGAACUAAAGUCCUUCGACUAUGAAGAUGCUUUUGGUUCAGACGUUUCUCUUAAAGAUGAGAUGAGGCAACGCUUCUCAGUGAACGCUCACUGGCGCCUUCCCUACCUCAUUGUUUCAGAUGGCUACAUGGUCACCGUCCUCAACGUCUCCAGCAACUUCUUACCUUCUGCCUUCAUGAGCUCCAUCCUUCAGGAUACCAGGCAACGGCUUAAGAAAAUUAGGCAAACUCUCAUGUUAUCUCAGCCACAAAACAGAGAAAAAUUGAAGCAGCUUUCAUCUAUAAAUCUGAGCUCUGUUCAAGAUGAAGAGUUUAAAGCACAUGCAGUGGAAUCAACACCUCAGUUUCUUCAGGAGGAUUAUGAAGCCCAAGAAAAGAAAAACAAUGACUGCAGUGGCGAUGAAUCCAAUGAAGACAGCCUGAGCCUUUGUGAUUUUGCCCCAGAAGUGCAGAGUGGACAUAUUGAGUUUGCCUCUAUGUUUGACACCAUCCAUGCAAUCCCAGACUUGACCGCUGAAAGCAGUGACACAUCUGCACAAAUUCCUCUCGUACAGAAGAACCUCCUGAUGAAUAAGAUGGAUCAGAAUAAGACACUGAAAAGAGAUGCCUGGAUGUACCCGAUUCUCCAGAUUUUUAAAUACUUCCUAACUGUUCUUUACUGGGACAUGACUCACAAGGAGUGCCUUAGUGUCACUGUGGAACUGCUGACAUCCCAGCAUCUAAAUGUGAUAUAUACUGCUCAAAGUCAGCUGGCAUCCAAUGGAGCACGGCUGGAUAUGUUCUCAACUCCAUUUCUACAGGAGGGCCUUGACUUGGAGAAAUCUAUCAACUUCUCUGUAGUGGCACCUCAAAAGGUGGAUAGACAACAGAAACCUUCUGACAGGCUAGCGGCUGUCUGGAAGAUACUGUACCAGCAAGCACUCCGUUAUCGGUCUUGUCUUCAUAAACCUCUUGUAUCCAAUGGGCAACAGCUGAAUGAAAAGAAACAUGAGGAAUGCUGGAGUUCUUGCCUUAUUGCUCAGAUUCAGACAGCAAUGCAGACAUCGGGCAUGACACUUGGAGGCAUGAGGAAACUGAAACCCAUUAGAGGAGAAGAGCACUUUCUCUUUGGCUCUUACUCAGAUGCUUUGAAAUUUUGGCAGUCUUCACUUCAAAAGGAGACAGAAAAAGACGGCGGUCGAACACGAUUCCUGCAGACCCGUUACUGCCUCUCUAUUCUGUACUGUCACCUCUACCAUUAUAACCUGAGAGCAGCCCAUGGGUUGUGUGACCGAUUAGCCAGAUGGGUUCUUCGUCAUUCUCAGCUGUACUCGGAAGACGUUCACACAUUAACAGAUGAAUGCUGCUUCCAUGAAAGAUGGCCUUUUUGUAACAUCAACAAUGAAGCUGCAUAUGCUGUGAUCCAGUCAAUGGCUAGAUUCAUGGCAGCCUAUUUCACCAAUCAGCCUCUUUUUGUGCUUCCUCCACACCAUGUGGACAUUUUGCCACCAUUGCAUGGCAAGCCAGAUUGCCUUCCUCGAGUAAUCCCAUUGCAGCACUCCUACUUGGCCAGGAUGGUGCGUGAUCAGCACCUCUCCAGCGUCUGGACAGUCGAGUAUGCCUUGGACUUACUGCUUAUUGGUGGGUUGUUACCUGAAGCCGUUUGGUUUGCUCACACUCUUGGUGACUGGAAGAUGGCAGUUUCUCUUGGUGUAGCUUACAACUUUUAUGGUCGGACUACUUUUAACCUUCCUAGGUUAAAAUUGCGAGAGCUUAAAAUUCCUUCACAACUGCGGCCAACACAGAUUUUCAAGACUAAAUUGCAAUCACUAAUUGGACAAAAAUCCCAUCCAGAAGGACUGAUUACUGUUGGAGCCGAUCCACGGUCCGGAGAUGUGAAAGGCUGUAAACGGUUCACAGAUUCCAUUGAAGAGGAGGAUGCGGACUCACUUUUUAAUUCCAUUCAGGAGAUUUUAAAAGCCGCUGUCAUGGCAGAAUCUGAUGUGCUUUCAGAGACUUUUAUUGUAUUGCUUCAGACUGCCAAGGAGCUGAGUACAAAGCUAUCUGCUAUAGUGCCUCAUGGGCUGUAUCUGCCAGCGCCUCCCUUGUACUGCCCACAGCCAGCUCCUGACAUCAAGGAUGUCCCAGAUGACAUAGCAUUAAGAACAGAACUCAUGACACGCCAGAGUCUAUCCAGUGUGCUUCAGCGCAUGCUAUUAUUGUUUAGUGCUGCCCAUUGUUCACUUUCAGCUGCCCAGUGGUAUAUUAGGAAACUGAAGCAUUGUCGGAAAGUCAUGAACAAGAUUCAACUGAAAGGCUCUCUGCCUCUGCUCAGCCCUUUUCCAGAAUCGCUGCUUAAAUACUUAAACACCAGGAAUUACCUCCAUGCCAGAGGAGCUAACAGAGGUGGCCAGCCUGACCCCGUCAUACUUAGGACAAUCCAUUGUUUCCGGGAACUGUGUGGCUUGUGCUGGAUGUUCCAUGUUAGAGAAAUGCUGUCGGUGAACUGCAGGAAGUAUCAGCUUGCAAGGAAUACUGGUAAAGACCUGCAGGGUUACAAGGAAACCGAAGAGUACAAUGCUGCAGCAAUCAGGUACUGCAUUGAAGCUCUGGAGUGGGCUUGUCGUUUUCUACCAUUUUCCAGGUUUAUAAAUGCAGAAGAAGUUGUCCAGGAUGUGAUCCUGAGUCUGGUAGCUGAACUUCCUCCAAUAAAGAAGGUGGCGGACAUUCUUGUGAAAGCUUUUCCAGAACAGGAGGAGUCUGUGCGUGUUGCUUUGAGGGAAAAGUAUAGUUCUCUACUUAAAAAUCUUAGACAUUUAACUCUAAAAGGUGGAGAUAGAGAAGAUGAACAAGAGAGUGAUAAAGACUAA